AUGAUGAACAUCCUAUAUCUCGCCCUCUUGCUCCUCCACGGCAUCCACCUCGUGGCAGCGGAUUGCGCGGGUGUAGAGUUCAAACACCCAUCAACGGCAGCGAGUUCGAACCCAGAAUAUACAAACGGGGCCAUACUUCAUGUUGAGGUGGGAGGCUGGUCGAGCGAGGACAUUAAGGAAUGCCUGGGUGAGGCAGGGUCAUACAGUGUCUGGCUGGUAUCUGAGUGGGUGAGCAGUGAGGGCGUGCCAUAUUCCAAGUUAAUCUAUGAGGGUCUUGACCCUAGGAACGGGUACAUCGAUGAUUUAAUCCUGGAUAUUUCAAAAGACAAUCUAAAAUGGUCGCCGUACCAUCUCGAACUCAAGAAAGGAGCGGAAAAAUACGAUUUUUUUAAUACCAAGAAGGCCGUGUCUGGGGGUUUCAAAGUAAUCAAAGCAGACGAUACGAUAACCACAUCAUAUAGCACGACUACCAUUACAUCAACAACAAGUGUUGAAACUUUAACGACGACGUCGACAUCGACAUCGACAUCGUCCUCCUCGGCGGGCAUAAUAACCCGACCAGCGACAACUGUGAUAAUAACGCAGACGGCUAGCCCUACCACCACAAGCUCAACGACGGCCAUCCCUGAAAAGACGGGCCUCGGCACUGGCGCAAAAGCAGGCAUCGGAGUGGGCGUGGCUGCUGGCGUGAUUGGUAUAGCGGCCGGGGCCUAUAUACUGCUAUUACUACGGCGACGGCGGCGCGCCCGCCAGGUCAUGCCCAUGAUUAGCGGCCAGGAGUCUGGCAAGUACACGCCCCCGGGGCCGCCGGAGAUGCACGACGAGCUACCAGGCUCACUCCCAGUGAGUAGUCAGAUGAACGAUGCCCAUAAGAGAUCUGCCAGCGAGAUGCUCGGCUCGCUCCCAGUGCGCAGCAAUCCAGGUGGUCGCAGGGACGCUGGGGGAGGAGAGGCUUUUGAGUUGCCAUAG